AUGUCUCAAUUUGGUGGAGGUGGUGAUGAAAAAUUCAAAUUCAUCACACAUGUGGUCAGAGGCAGAUGGUUCACAGUUUUUGCCUGUUUAUGGAUCAUGGCAGGCACUGGUGCAACUUAUUUGUUUGACAUGUACACCAGAGAGCUCAAAGUUUCUCUUAAAGUUGAUCAAAGCGACGUUUUAAAAACUUAUGUCUUGGUACCAACCUUGGGAGUUUUUGCAGGCCUAAUUGCGGAAGUAACCCCAUCUUGGUUUUUGCUCAUGGUUGGGGCAGUGGUGAACUUUAGCAGCUACUACCUUUUGCAUGAAGUUACUAGGAGAUCAAUUAGGCUUCAGCUUUGGCAGAUAUGCGCUUGUGUAUUUGUUGACAACAAUGCACAGAACUUUACACACACAGCAGCUCUAGUCACUUGUGUCAAAAACUUCCCACAAAAGAGAGGCAUUGUUAUCGGUCUAUAG